UUGGCUGGUAAUGAAGUCCAAACAUGCAUGUUAUCUGCUAAACGACGCUUUUGCGGACCAUAAGUUAACAUAAAACACGACACUCUUCUGUCCACUCCUCAGUGCCGGCCAGCACAGUUGUAUCUUCUUCUUCCUCCAAAUCUAUCAAAUGGCACCGAAUUUCGAUCCAGCCACUGGUUUUUGCAGUGAAACCAAAACUUUUCACAGUUUUAGACCGUCAACUCCAUUACCGCCGGCCGACGAAUCUAUUUCCAUCGCUAAAUACGCCGUCUCCCUUCUCCUUUCUUCGGAGGAUUGUAACCCAGAUACAUCAACUUUUCUUAUCGACCCAAACACCGACGAGUCGUUAACCUUCACUCAGUUUCUUAACCGAACCAACUCGCUAUCCUUAUCACUCAGAACUCGGUUCUCUUUGGCUCCAAAUGACGUCGCUUAUAUUCUCUCUCCGAAUUCACUUCAUCUUCCUGUUCUUUACUUCGCCCUUCUGUCACUCGGUGUCACUAUUUCUCCCGCUAGCCCACUCGGUUCGAACUCGGAUGUAACUCAUCAAACUCAACUCAUCAAGCCUAAGAUAGCCUUCGCCACCUCACAAACAGCUCAUAAAAUUCCCUCUCUACCCUUGGGGACAAUUCUGAUUGACUCGCCGGAGUUUUUAUCCUUUCUUAACCGGUCGGAAGCUGACACGUGUUAUGCGAAUGUGAAACAGUCUGACGUGGCAGCUAUUCUUUAUUCUUCAGGCACAACUGGGAAAGUCAAAGCUGUAAGGCUGACUCACCGGAACAUCAUCGCGUUAAUAUCCGGGUUUUAUUACACCAGAGGUCACCUUGACCCGAAUGAACCGGAACCUGAACCCGAAUCGGAGUCGGUAUCUUAUUUUACGUUGCCUAUGUUUCAUAUUUUCGGGUUGUUUAUGUUCAUACGGGCAUUUUCUGUUGGGGAGACUGUGGUUCUAAUGGAAAGAUUUGACUUUGAAGGAAUGUUGAGAGCUGUUGAAAAGUAUAAGGUUAGUUUCAUGCCGGUUUCUCCGCCGUUGAUCGUGGCUUUGGUUAAAUCGGAGCUGACUAAAAAGUAUGAUCUGAGCUCUUUGUCGCUGUUGGGGUGCGGCGGAGCUGCUUUAGGCAAGGAUGUUACUGAUAGGUUCAAGGAAAAAUUUCCUAACGUGGAGAUUUCUCAGGGAUAUGGGCUGACUGAGAGCGGAGGUGGGGCGACAAGGAUGAUAGGUCCCGGAGAGUUCAACCAGCAUGGUUCUGUUGGUAAGUUAGCUGAAAAUAUGGAAGCCAAGAUUGUUGAUAUUGUGACUGGGGAAGCCUUGCCUCCUGGUCGGAGAGGGGAGCUUUGGUUGCGAGGGCCUACUAUCAUGAACGGUUAUGUAGGAGAUGAGAAGGCAACUGCUGAAACCUUGGAUUCAGAAGGUUGGUUAAAAACUGGAGAUCUUUGUUAUUUCGACUCAGAGGGGUUCCUUUAUAUUGUUGAUAGGCUGAAGGAACUGAUAAAAUACAAGGCAUAUCAGGUUCCUCCAGUUGAAUUGGAACAGUUACUUCAGUCCAAUCCUGAAAUUGUUGAUGCUGCUGUCAUUCCAUAUCCUGAUGAAGAGGCAGGACAAAUUCCCAUGGCCUAUAUAGUAAGAAAACCAGGAUCCAAUAUAACUGAAGCUCAAGUUAUGGACUUCGUUGCAAAACAGGUUGCACCAUAUAAGAAGAUAAGAAGAGUAGCUUUCAUCAAUGCAAUUCCAAAAUCUCCUGCAGGAAAGAUCCUGAGAAGGGAAUUGGUAGAUCUUGCUCUCUCCGCUCCUUCUUCCAAAUUAUGAUGCAUAUAGAACCAUAGUCGGUUCGGUUUGGGGCAAACCAUUACUUGGAAAUGCCAAUGAUUAGUUAUCAGCUAAAGAGGUUUCUCCAUCUAGCUCUUCGUUUUGAUUGGUGACUACUAUAAAUCUUCAUCAAUGACACCAAAUAUGUAUUUCACUGUAUAAUCAUUAUUUUCCCCUCUGAAUAUAAUCUGUAUGUUGAAAUUAGUUGAAUUAAAAAUUUAAGAUCAAUUUCUCA